AGUGGAGAGCCCCUGCCCCCGCCCGCGUUCCGCUCCGGGCCCCCUCCGCUCUGCACGGGGAGGGAGAGCGGGGGAGCCUCCACACCAGUCUCCUCCGAGCUGCGGGCCGGGAGCCCCGCGCCCUCGGAGCCUCUAGGCAGCGUCCGCCUCCGCCCGGCGGGGGUGCAGGCUCUCCCCGCCGCCCCCACUCGCCGCUCGCCCGCGCUCCCUCCCUUUACCCUGCCAGCCGGAGCGCGCACACCGGGGCUCCGGCACGUGGGCGCGCGGGAGGCGGCGGCCGCUGCUACCGCUGCUGGAGCCGGAGCCCGAGCCCGAGCCCGAGCCCGAGCCCGAGCCCGAGCCGGGGAGAUCGCCCUCCAUGCUGCGGGAGCUGCGGCCGCCUUCCGCUCAGCCUUGGGCCCCAGCCGAGCCCCGAGAGCCGGCGAAGCCGCGUAGAGGAGGAGGACGAGGACACGCGGCGGGGCGCGGCGGGCUGGAGCGAGCUGGGCUCUGAGCAAGGAGCGCCCGCAGCCCGGAGGAGGCAACCCGGCUCUCCUGCUUGCUCUCUGCUCCAGCCGCUGCUGAGGGCUCCUGACGGCGCGAUGCCGCUGCGCUCCUCCUAGGCGGCUGCCGGCCGAGGCUUCCUGCUGCCGCUUGGCCCGCGCCGGCCCCCAUUCCGCGGGCGAGAACCUCGCCUACCCGGGAGGACGCGCCCGGCCACCCGAGUCCGAGUGAGCGCGAAGUCCGAAGUCUACCCCAGCGCGGCCAACUUCCCCGCGAGCCCCUCUCCCCGCCGCAGCCUGCGCCAGCCCCGGGAGCGAUGCGCCCCCAGCCGGGCGGCGCGCCCUCGGCCACCUCGCCACCCAUGGGAUCGACUGCCCUCGGCUGCCCCGCUCGGCGCGCAUAGCGCUCGCGCGUGGCCCAGGAGAGGAGCGAACCACCAAGGCGUUUCGCUGACCCUGAGCGCACCAAUCUGCUUGGGGCUCCUGCGGGGGCAGCGCGCGUACCCAGGGAUCCAGGCAGCAUCCCUGAAUUCCAAGCCAGACCAAGGAAGGAGAUACACCUAUUCCAUCUGACUCUCUUGUUGGAAAGAUGGUGGACUCUACGGUUUCCCUCUGAAGUUGUGUUGGGAAGAUCAAUGUCUCCUGGCUGUCCCUUGCUGCAAAGAAGGCUGAGGAAGUGAACUUGGAAGAAACCUCCAUCCUCGGGGACUUGGAGAAGUUUGCGCUGGCAUCAGUGUGACGGUUAACCAAACUGUUCCUGCGGUGGUGGCCUGAGCAGAUUAUCUCAAUCCCAAUGUUGCCCUGAAAUUUGUGUUCACGAUUGAAGAUUAGGACUGCUAAGAUGCCUCAGGAACAGUACACGCACCACCGGAGCACCAUGCCCAGUGCUGAGGGGCCACAGGUAUACAAAGUGGGGAUUUACGGCUGGCGGAAGAGAUGCCUGUAUUUCUUUGUCCUGCUCCUCAUGAUUUUAAUACUGGUGAACUUGGCCAUGACCAUCUGGAUCCUCAAAGUCAUGAACUUCACAAUUGAUGGAAUGGGGAACCUGAGAAUCACAGAAAAAGGCCUAAAGUUAGAAGGAGAUUCAGAAUUCUUACAACCUCUCUACGCCAAAGAAAUCCAGUCCCGACCAGGUAAUGCCCUGUACUUCAAAUCUGCCAGAAAUGUUACAGUGAACAUUCUCAAUGACCAGACUAAAGUGCUAACUCAGCUGAUAACAGGUCCAAAAGCUGUAGAAGCUUAUGGCAAAAAGUUCGAAGUAAAAACUGUUUCUGGAAAAUUGCUCUUCUCUGCAGAUGACAACGAAGUGGUAGUUGGAGCUGAGAGAUUAAGAGUUUUAGGAGCUGAGGGCACAGUGUUCCCCAAAUCUAUAGAGACACCUAAUGUCAGGGCAGACCCCUUCAAGGAACUAAGAUUGGAGUCCCCAACCCGAGCUCUAGUGAUGGAGGCCCCAAAAGGAGUAGAGAUCAAUGCAGAAGCUGGCAAUAUGGAAGCUACCUGCAGAACAGAGCUGAGACUGGAGUCCAAAGAUGGAGAGAUUAAGUUAGAUGCCGCGAAAAUCAAACUACCUAGACUGCCUCAUGGAUCCUACACACCUACAGGAACGAGGCAGAAGGUCUUCGAGAUCUGCGUCUGCGCCAACGGGAGAUUAUUCCUGUCCCAGGCAGGGACUGGUUCCACUUGUCAGAUAAACACAAGCGUCUGCCUUUGAAAGACUAUCCAUAGUGGACACUGUCGGCGGCAUAAAGGCCCUUUUUGGCUUUAGACUCUGGCUGCCAGCUAUUUUUACUAGAACACAGAAAGCCUAUCAAAGACCUUUUGUGUGUGUGAGCGCGUGUGUGCGUGUGUGUAUGUGUGUGUUUGCGUGCAGGGGUGAAUAUAAAUAUAUAAAUAUAUAUAUAAAUAAAUAUAUAUAUCCUCUGUAUAAAAUGAGGUUUCAGUACAAAAGGAACCAUGGGUGACCCUGUGAUACCCACAGUCAUUUUCCAUCCCAUCUUCAUCACCUCCAUGACAACAUCUGGAUGCUAAUUCAGGCCCAAUCUUCCCCAAACCAUCCAGAAUCACACAGUCUGUUGUGUACUUACAGGAUAUUCAUCCCUAUGUUUCUGUGACAACGUAACUUCUCCUUUAGUGUCAUUACUGGGCAGCAAUGGCGGGAAUCUCCAAGUCACGCUCCAGCAGUGGGAUCCCUGUUUGAAAAAAAAUCAACAUUUGUUUGCCUUUUGCAGCAAGGCUAUCCAACUCCCCUCCCCCGCUGAAGUUAAUUAUGAGGCAUUACCACAGAAGUUAGCAACAAGUACUCCAAACAGCUCCCUUUUUGCACUCAUCUUUGCAGCCAAAAGUAUUGGGGCCCUUUUUCAGUUGGAUGAAUGAGGAGAAUGGGUUUCUGCAAAUUUUGAACUGUUUACCCAACUUCUGUUAUCUUACUUUCUUGAAGCUCAAAUUGUCUUUCACAGUCCAAAUAGGAGUUGUAAAUCAGCACAAAAUAGGAUAACAGCUGCUCCUCAGUUGCUAGAGGCUAUUCAGUGGUCUGACAGGCAAAGAAUAAAUGGGUGAUGUGUCUCUGUUUGAAGAAAAAAUGACUCGAAAGCUAUUAUGUCCUCACUUUUAACUAUAUCCAGCAGACUCCAUCCAAUCCAAAAUGAUGAAGUCAAUCAAAAUCCCUUAGUGUGGAAUCCCUACCCCAAGAGAAUCCGUUCUGAAGUAGAAGUCUAUGAGUAGCAUUGGAACCUAAUUAGUUUUGUAUGUUUCUUGGAAUUGGUAAGCAAUUUAGAGACAUGCUUGUAUUUUUAAUUGGUACACAACUUUGAUGCAAGCUUUUCUUCCUAAAGGCAUGCACCAACUCUCUGGCUUUGAUGGACUUAAUAUUUUUUCAGGGCUAUUAUAUUCUUAUUCCUAAAUCCACUUCUCUCUUUUCUCCAGGAUUGACAGAUCCAUAGUACUACAUGCUAUCAGAGUAGCUCACUAGAAGUUAAACUACACUGAGUCGAAUGUCCUUAUCACAAUCACUGUGUCUCUGGGGCCAGUAGCACCUGCUCCCCUCUAGGUGGAAGCAGCCUCAAUUCCCGCCAUCAGCUACCUCUCAUCAGCUCACCUUCAUCAUCUUGCUCCAGGGUCACCCUGGCCAGCUCUUGUGCUGGGACAGGGGAUUAUACCAUCUCUGUUCAAAGAGGGGGAAAUGUGCCUAUGCCUUAAGUCAAUGCACUCAGCAAGGAGAAGCACAUCCUAUUUAUCUUGUUACUUGUCGUUUAUUUUGAGUGAUUGGAGGGGAAUGGUUUAGCAAUGACUGGGCAUCUGAAAAGCUGGUAGACAAACCAAAUCAUUGACAGAUGUGGAUUCUAUGGAGUCCGGAAUGGAGGUCUAACUGGCUCAGGCAAGUCUGGAUGCCAGUUGGCAGGAGGGGCCCCACAUUCCUAAAUGAAGCAUUUGUAGUCCUGGAUGGCGUCUUUCCCCUUGACAAAGUUUGAGUUUUCCUUACUUCACAAGCAGGGGAAGGCUUAUCAGGGAAGGUGAAUGCCGUUUUAAGAUGGCCCUCACCCAUUAGGCUGUACACAUGAAAUGUAAAAGAAGUGCUGUGUUGCUUGGUUGCUUACAAGUGGCGGGAGGAGGAGCUAGGGGGAGGACUCCUAGCCUCAACAGUGCUGCUGCAGGCUUCCAGAUCCCAGGCUUGCUCCAAUCACUCUCACUCAGUGUCCCUUGCAGAAGAAUUAAGUUGGCCAAUCUUAGGGCAAAGCCAUAAGGUUGCUUAGCAUAAAGCACUAGGGUUAAAAAAGGAAAAUCCAUCAUAAAAGGUAUCAGGAUAUGCUGGUUAGUAUCAUUAAUAUCCUGUGGGGCACACUGCCAGAGACUGUGUGUUUCACACAUAGAACACGUUUUUGCAAGCCAGAAAGACCCUCCUAGGCUACUGGGAGCAUCAAUCCCAUUUCUUCCAGAUACACAAUAAUAGCUCUGAGGUCCUUUGAGGCUAACUACCUUAGGAUGGACCUUCUCUGUGCUUUGCUCUCUUGAGAACAUCACAUAUGGAUGAAGAGCAAGCAGAAAGUUCCAGAUUUUGUUCUAAUGAUUACAAAAAAGUCAGCAGCUUGGAAUUUUAUGCCAAUAAAAAGACUCAUGUGAUCCCACUUGCAAAAUUUAAUCAUAAGGGAAAUCAUCACAACUAGAAUAAAAUAGCAACCAAGAAAAUAAAGCACCUUGGAGGACAUACAUGAUAUAAAAUUCUGUUUUUCAUUUAUGCUAAAGGAUCACAAUAUUCAUGAUAAUAAGCAGAAAAUUUGGUAUGAAUGGAAUUAUGUACUUCCGUUCUGACUUUAAAAAUCAGAAGAAAUACACUCCGUAUUCUUCAUUGUACAAUUUUUUCUCCCAGUACCCUCCAACUAGAAUAUUGGCCCACGGUCAUGAGAGGAAGACUUACCUGCAUUCCAGACAAAUUUAGCUUUUAAUUUAAAGUGUGCUAACCUCUAAUUUUAAGAAAAAUCAGAGUCUUUCUAAUCUUUAUAUAUAAUGUCUUCUAGACAAUCACACACUUGGGUACAUUAAGCAGCUCAUGGUAUAACAGAGUAUAAAUGAAUCUUCCAUAUACUAGCAGUUCUAGUAUGUUAAUGUUUUUCUGAAGAGUUUUGUAAAUUAAAAAUUGAUCUCCAAA